AUGGUGGAAUGCCCGCCUGGCUUCGAUCAACCCUGCUGUAGCGCCUUAGGUUGGUGUGGCAGAUCGGGAGAUCACUGCAAAUGCGAGAUGUGCUCUGACUAUCGCUACAAAGCCAAUGUCACCUUUCUGGGUAUGAAGUUGAAGAAAGCCAAGCGCGAAUGCGAAACCAUCGCAGCUGAUCUGGGGCCAUUCUCAACCCCUGAGGAGUGUGCGAGGACGGCGGCCAACGACGGAGAGUGUGGGAAGAUGAUCAUGUUUUCCUUCAACUAUCCCAACUGGGGCUGCAGAUGUUGUGCCAUCGACACUCCCGAAGGAGACGAAGUCUGGAAGCCCAAGACAAUUAGAAAAGGACGCAUGGAAUGUGCAGCUCCCAGAUAUCCACAUCUCACCAUGGAGGGCUUUGAGGCUUUGAAGCGUGAGGCGCCAAAGAGGCUUUGCAGCUUUGAGGCUUUGAGGCGUGAGGCGCCAGAGAGGCUUUGGAGCUUUGAGGCUUUGAGGUGCCAGUACAUCACGGAGAUCCAAAGGGAGGCUGCGAGCUAUAAGACGGUCACCCUGAGGGGGGGCUCGGAGAACACGCCGGGAAGCGCAGACUCCAGGACCAGUGGUGGUUUCAGCGGCACCAUGUCGGAUCCGAAGAAAGAAGGGCGGCCGGUGACCCAUGGACCGGAACCCUUUCUGAGCACGUUGAAGAGGACCAUUCUGAUGAACGCCGUGCAGACCAACAAGCUGUCGCAGACCGUGGUCCCGGGCCCCCAGAAGCAGGGCGGCAGUGCCCCGGGAAACGCCACGGCCCAGGUGGGCAGCUGGCACCUUGAGGUGAAGCUUGGGGAGAAUCCGGAGAAGGUGCUGAGCAGAUACAAGCUGGUGCUCGAUGACAAGAAGCUGAAGCGAGAGAGCACGAGCAUCGCCAAUGCGACCCCGAUGCGACCCGACCCCGAUGCGAUGGGGGCGCCAGUGAUCGUGACCUUGCCGGAUCUCUUUGACCGCCUCCAAGCGGUGCACCAGGAGCACCUGCUUCAGUGCCAGAAGGUCUUGGAUGAGAUCAAAGUGCAUGAGGAGACCGAGACCAAGGAACAAAUUUCUCAGCAGAUUUACGGAAAGCAAAUCAACUCCGAACUGUGUCACCUCGAAGAGGAGAUGCAAAAACGCUUAGCUUGGGGCAGUGCGUUGAUGGCUUCCAUCCGUGCGCCCCCGUCCCUGGCGUCUGAUGAAGAGCGUAGAACACAAGCAUUCAAGGAGCCCCGCACCAGCGGCACCAAAGGCAGUUCCAGCAAGGACAGCUCUCCGUAUUCCCCGCCGGCGAUUUCCGUGGCGAUCCACGAGCCACGACACACCAAAAGUGGAAUCAGUCCGGAGGAGAGCCCCAUGCGACACGCCAAGGUGACAGCUCGGAAGCGGAACGCGACCUUCCAACGGCCCACAGCCUUGGCCUUUUUUAUGAAGCGACCGGUGGUGCGCUGGACGCUGUAUGGCUGCCUGGCUGUGGCCCUCUUUGGGCCAAGCUGUGCAACGCUGCUGAACCUACCCGACGAACCCACUGUUGUGAUCCUAGAUGUGGUGAUGAGUUUUAUCGCCGUUGCCUUCGCCUUGGAAAUGUUGGCCCUGUUGUUAGUCGACGAACUUUACAGAUAUUCGUUCUUCUUCCUGAUGGAUUUGUUGGGGACUCUGUCGAUGGCCUUUGAGAUCUCGUUUUUAUUGGGAGGAUACCUUAAUUCCAAUACCGUGGUGCUACGCACGGCGCGCACGGCGAAGCUGGGAGCGCGCAUCGGGCGUCUCAUCAAACUGGUGAAAUGCGUCAGUAUGUUCUACAGAUCAACUGCCAAGAAGACCACGCAAAUCGAAGCCAAAGUGCUCGCAAGCAAGCUGGUUGUUCUUUUAUCUACCCGUGUCUCAGUGAUUGUGAUCGUGAUGGUCAUGGUGAUUCCUUUGAGCAGUUUGCCGUUGUUUCCCACGGAAGACAUGUCCUUGAGCUUAUGGCCCCAGCAACUGGAGCAGAGCUAUUUGGAAGAUCAGACCAAUCAGAGCAGCGCUCUUCAAAGUUCCAUCCUGCAGAUGGUGGAGUUCUAUCAGAGCAGCAACUACCAGCCCUACCAGCUCCGGGGGUUUGGCUCCCUGGUGUCCUUGCGCGAUCCACCGCUGCAGGCGAGAAAUAGCCUGGAAGCUUCGGUGGAAACAUGUUUGGUGCAGAGAGCCUCCUGUGAUGCAGCGGUGCUCUUUGACUUCACCGGUCCGGCGCAGUUAGAUGCAUUGGUAGAUGUGUGCACCAUUGCUUUCAUCAUCGGCUUGAUGGCGCUAACAAGCUGCGAUCUACAGCAGGUGGUGGAUGCCAAUUUGGUGCAACCGUUGGAGGUCAUGCUGCAGCACGUCCGGGAGAAUGCCGCAGGCGUUUUUGAACGCUUGUCGAAGCAAAGUCAGGCCGCGGAUUUGGAUUCGGAGAUUCAUAGCGAGGAAGACACCUCCGAAAUCGAGCUGAUUCAGCGCAUCCUGGAGAAGUUGGCUCGCCUGGCCACCCUGGCGGAGGUGCCGAUGAAGGCCGUGACGGAGAACGAGUUGGAGAACAUGAACGCUGAGAGAAAAGCAGUGUUGCUGGACAUGCUCAACGUGCAAGUCCUGGCAGCUCCAGUGGCCGGUUUCGGGACCAAACGCUCCAUGCAGAUGGACUUUGAGGUUGAAUGGACUCAGAAGUGGGACCUGAACUUGCUGAAUGCCUCGCAAACUGAGAUGCAGGACUAUGUGACCUACAUGUUCUUCAGAUCUCAGUUCGGCGUGGCGUACCACUUCGUGGAGGAGUCGGUUUUCCAGCAGUUCGCACACAAUGUCGAGGCCAACUAUAAGGACGUGCCAUACCAUUGUUUCCCUCACGCCGUGGACGUGUUAUUCACCGUUUUUCGGCUUCUGCAGCUGACGCACGCUGGCAAAUGGACGGGCGAGAUUGAGCAGUAUGCUCUGCUGGUGGCUUCCCUAUGCCAUGAUCUUGGCCAUUUCGGGAGAACCAACCAAUUCCUGGUGGAGAUCAAGCACGAACUCGCCUUGAGGUAUAACGACAAGUCGCCCCUGGAGAACAUGCACCGUGCCAUGCUCUUCCAGUUGUGCCAGCAUGGCGACACGGAUGUGUUUGCCUUUGCCACGCCGGAGCAGCAAAAGGAAGCCCGAAAGAUCGCCAUCGCGGCGAUUUUGCACACGGACAACGUGCAUCACUUCGACAUGGUCAAGGACGUGAGCGCCGUCUACGAGAUGGAGAGCGGGCUCUGUGAUUCACAGGCGAUUUCGCCAGAGGUGAUCACUCAGCCGUACCAUGAGAGAGUGCUGCAGGGCAAGAACAAGAUGAUGUGGCUGCAGCUGUUCCUACACUUUGCGGAUGUCUCAAAUCCUCUGAAGCCCUUCGACAUUUGCAUGUCUUGGGCAUGGCGGGUCCUCGACGAAUUCUUCGACCAGGGAGACGAGGAGAAGGACCUGGGAAUCCCCGUGGGGAUGUUGAACGACCGCCACAAGGUGAACCGUCCUGGCUCGCAACAUGGCUUCAUCAACUUUCUGGUGGCCCCUUUCGUUGCUGCCUCUGAGGUCCGGGUCUUCCCGGGCUUGCAGCCCUUGCAUUCCCAGAUGAUCCGAAAUCUGGAGGCCUGGCGUAACAUUUGGAUCGAGGAGACCAAACCGACGGCCGAGGACAUUGCGAAGAAGGAUGCGGAUGCACAGUUUCGGGUAAAGCCCGAGAUGUCGCAGGAUCAUCGACGCCCCGAGUGUUUGAUGAAGUCCGACUUCGGGACUCUCUCGGGUCUCUCAAAUUGUGCCGUGUCCGUCCUGAGGAACAAGGAGCUCAAGGGCAUCACUGCCGUUGCUGGCAAGGUGGUGGGAAACCGACUCACAUUCGACCAGACCAGCGCAAGUGGCACUGUGCCAUCGGCUGCAUCUGAUGGGGAUGGGGGAUUGGGCACCUUUUGGACCAGCUUGUCAAUGGGAUAUGGCGGUCCUCUGGGCACGGACACCGAGAAGGGACACCGAGGAAAGUCUUCGGGGAGGCCAAAGCCCAUGCAUGGCACCUUCACCGGCGAGCGGAAAGGUCGAGCACCUUUCGUGGAUGCUGGCGGGACAGAAUGGGACCCUUUGACGGAUUUCGUCAGGGCAGUGGGCACGCUUCAGAUGAACGAGCGUUUGUUUGUGAGCAAGACCAAGCCAAUGAGCAUGAAGGACUUUGAUCCGUUGAUCAAGGCCCUAAAAGACAUUUUGGUUGGGCAGGAUGCUGUCACCUCUUUCAAGAUGGAGGAGGAGGUCAGCGCCAGCUUGGCCGAUCCUUUCGUUCUGCAGUUUUUAGUGGAUAACUUGAUCCAGCAGGUCGUCACCAGUACACCUGCCAACGGGGAAGAUCUCUCUCCAGAGGCUUCCUACCUUUUGGUAAUGCUUUAUGCAGCCGCACAGUUUGGCUGCCCCAAAGAUGGAGGCCGACGCCUCAUGACAAGCACCUACACCACGGAGCUGAUGCUGAGUAUGGGUCUCCGUGUUGACAAUUUGGCCGUGGCAUUGCAACUCUACAGAUCAGAGGGCGAUUUGCGGCAAACCAAUUUCAAGGAAUACAUGGACAGUCUGAAGAUCUGUGCUUUGGGUGUGAAACCGAAGUACGUCGAUCGCGCGAUGACAACCUUGCGACUGCUGCUGGCGGUGCUGACAAGCUCGGCAUUGCAGCAGAAGAAAGUCGGACAUUUUCGCGAGUGCCUCGCGCUCGCCUCGGAGUGGAGAAGCUUGACCAAUCAGCCCAAGCUUUGCAAACCCAACAAGAUGGUCGAUUGGAUCGACCGACUGCUAGUGGAUUGGAUGCUGAACACGGUGAAAGAUGAUGCUCGCUACCCCACGAUUCAAUGGGCAUUCCGCGAGCCCUUGUUUGAGUACUUGGGAACAUUGGCCCAGGAGGACCCAGGAGUUUGCUAUGGAUUGACCCUGAUCUACAAGGAUGUGUACUAUGGCUUUGCGAAUGCUCGCGAAGAGUUCAGAUUCAUCCGGGACAAGGUCUUUGCUGGCCGGUGCUUCAAGAACUCCCUCUAUGACUGGUCCAAAGACAUCGCAGGGAUCUAUGCUCCCUUGCUGAUCAACAAAGAGUACCUUCACCAGUACUAUGAAGAGUGCGGCUUGGCGGCCGCGUGCCGAGUACCACCUGAGGAAAGGCGCCCACCGCCACCGCCCGUUGAGCCGGAGGAACCAGCCCCACAAGUGGUGGAUGAUCCAGACAAGCUGACGAUGCAUCGCAACACCCUUGAGGCAGUUGACUCUGUGCUUGGCUUGCGAGUGGCACAGACGGUGCACGAGUACUGCAAACAUGCCGUGGUGGACUUGUCCAUCACGAUGCAGGAGGCGGCCGCUCAGGUCAUCGAAAUGCUCACGAAGAACUACGCUGGAACGCCAUGGAUCUGCAACUUGGCGGCUGGCUGGAUCGCGCAGCUGAAAAAUAAGGACAACGAUGAAGAUGCAACAGCCUGUGGCACGCUUCGCAAGUGCAUUGCACGGCGCAUGGUGAGUCACUUUGACCAAGAGCGCGCGGAUAAGUUGACCAACCGCAGCCAGCCGAAUCCCAGUGUGCCGUGGUUGGACGGCUUCAUCAAGGUACAGGAAUGGAGAACGGCCAUCUAUGAAUUGGCCAACGAAAGUCGAGGACGCUCCAGCCGUUUCGUGUCUGGCCUUUUGGUCCAGAUUGCUGAGGCGGACAAGAAUUUCGAUGAAGUCAUGAAGCUGAACUCCACCUCUGAAAGUUUCCAGUUGUUCAUCCGCAAGAUGCGUGAGCUGAUCCUGCGCGUUUUGACGGUGACCAACGUUGAUGAGACCCUCAUCAAGGAUGACCUGGAUGCCUUUUGCGACGCGGCGACGCACAAGCAGUACACCUACAUGUGCGCGUCGCGCUACGAUGAUGGCAUCGUUGGGAUUUUCGUGGAACUUUUCUGA